CGCAGUUUCUACACGCCAGUUUCAACAAUGGCGGACUUUAACGAUACGAAUUCCCACGAAAUGACAGAAAACAAUAUCCCAAAACGUUGUAACAAUCAGUGGGUGCGAUUAAAUGUCGGUGGAACGUAUUUCUUAACAGCAAAGACAACACUAGCGAGAGAUCCAAACUCAUUCUUAUAUCGAUUGUGCCAAGAAGACUCGGAUCUCAUUUCGGACAGGGACGAAACUGGGGCAUAUCUCAUCGACAGGGAUCCUACCUAUUUCAGUCCAGUACUCAAUUACCUUCGCCAUGGCAAACUAGUGAUUAACAAAGACUUAGCUGAGGAGGGGGUUCUCGAGGAGGCUGAAUUCUACAAUAUCACAGAGCUCAUUAGACUUGUUAAUGAGCGAAUCUUACUCAGGGACACGAGACCAAUGAGAGACUCGAAGAAACAUGUCUAUCGGGUGCUGCAAUGUCACGAGGACGAAAUUACGCAGAUGGUAUCGACAAUGUCGGACGGGUGGAAAUUUGAACAGCUCAUCAACAUUGGAUCUCAAUACAAUUAUGGAAACGAAGAUCACGCUGAAUUCCUGUGCGUCGUGAGCCGCGAGUACGGGGCGAGUCACCUGAGCAGCAAAGAGCAGGAGUCCACCGAUCGUGUCAAGGUCCUCCAGCAGAAGGGUUCACGCAUGUAAUCCAUUUAUUAAACGAGGAAAUAAUUUAAUAAACAUCCUGCGAAUAUCAACAUCCGUGCAGCACCCACGAAGACUGUUUUAUGUUAUUUCUAUUUUUUUUUAUUUAUCACGAAAGAUGUAUUGAUUAAAGGAAAAAAAUGACAGCCUCUCGAGGUAAGAUUAUUUACGUUCUGUAUAAAGAGUUUAAGUCAUUUGUUGGUAAUUUUUUGAUGACGCGUGCUUUAUCUUCAGUUUCAUUAAUUGAAAUGCGGAAAAUGAACAGGUUAUCGCACUUGCCUUGGGCCAAUGUCGGUCAACAUCGGAAAAUCAAAGCGAAAAUUAUGAAUUUACAUUGAAAAGCGUAAUUAGGCAAUUUUCGAGGAAUAUAAAAUUUUCUAUAGCAAUUAUGCGGAUGAGAAUGUUUGCCAAUUUUUUUUUACUUCUCUGGCAACUAUAGAGAUUUAUCUCCAUUCGGUUUUCCAUGAUAUUUGGGAGAGAAAAAAAUGUACAAAGUCGAAUUGGGUUUUUGCAUGACAAUUUAUCAAAUUUGAAUGUGAAAAUCCAUUGAAUAAUAUUAAAUAAGUGUUUUUAAUAUUGAAAAAUAAUGAAAAAUCAUCAAGCUAGAAGAGAUAAACAUUUUUCUUGUUUUUCCCAAAAUAAAAUAAAUACCUGCUUAAUAUUUUUCAACAAAUUUAUGCAUUUGAGAAAUUUUUUCAAUAAAAAAAUCAUGCAACAACCCAAUGAUACGUUAAUUCCGCGUCUAUUGUCGCAUUGAAGGGAACUAAAUUAACUUACUCGCACUGCCGCUAAGAACUUUUAUGAAAGAAAAAAAAAAUAAGAGCAAAUAUGAUACUGGCGCGCACUUGAAUGCGUCGAAACGUGAAUAUGUUUCAAUACGUAGAAACUUAAUCGUACAUUUUUAAUGUGAAAAAUACUUACGAUAAGGCGAGAUCAACGGUUUCAAUAUUCUGUAUACAUUAAUGAACACUCGCAGAGCAGAUGAUCAUUAGCUAGGCAUUAUCGGUAGAAAUUUCGCAACAGCGUUGGGAGAAAUUUAUUGUAAAUGUUCUCAAAUAUUCCCGGUAGUUUAUGUUUUCAAUUCUCCGAUGUCGCAUGAUACUUAUCAAUAAAAUGUUCAUGAUCAUGGGAAAAUGAUUGGGUAGAUAUUAAGUUGUCAAUUUUCAUAGGCCUAUACGAAUGAACCCUUGGACGAUAGGAAGAUACGGAUUAAGAGACAGUGAUAGCGCUAGGGAAAAAUCUACAAUAAUGGAGUGUAAAUUAAAUGCCAGAUUAUUAUUUAUCAUCGAAAUCCAUCAUUGAGCCCAGUACAAAUGUCAUUCGCGGCUUCACAAUGCCCAUUGUCGAUCAUUUACCAAUUGCGCGCUUUUUUUCUCAAACAAUAAAAUUUAAUUGGAAAAUGUUUUCUCAUUGGAAUUUCUUUUCAUUUUUCACUCCGUAAUUAUUAUGAAUUAGUGCAAUAAUCUGGCGUGUUAUGCAUAAGUGAAAUAAUCCUCCGAUCACACAUCUCUAAGUCGUUCAUUUUAGCUCAAACAAAUAUGUGUGGGUAAUGUUAGUAAUUAAUUGUCUAAUGUAGCAAACCAAAAUAAACAUUAAACGUCUCAAAAAAAAAACAAAUCGGUAAUUAUAAUUAAAGAUAAUUUAACGAGAAUACGAAGAAAUUAGGUGCACGUAAUUUUUCGGAAUUCGUGAAAAUUUGUACUUUCAUAGACAAAUUUUAAAAAUUUAUUCACACGGAAAGGAAAUCAUUUUUUAAUAUAGAAAAAAAAUGAGUGAACGUUACAAUCACUAGGUCAUGGUAUACGUUAUUUUUACACGAGUAUUGAGACAUACAAUUUUCAUACGAAAUAAUAUAGCCAUAAGGUGACGAUAAUUAGCAAGAAACUCAAAUUAAAUUUUAGGGUACUAGGCUUUUAAUUUUUUUAUUGAAAUUUGCUGGAAUAAUUAUCUUCGUAUUGGUUCAAUCUGGAGGGUGGAUAGAUUAGAUCGAAUAUAGAUUAAUAAAAAUAUGCACUCAACAUAAACGUACUCACCCCUAACUCCAGUGGUGCCCAAAUGACGAUAUUAAUUGUGGAAUGUUUCCAAUUUCCGAAUUAUUGUAUCUAGAAGCCUGUAAGAAGUGGUGGAACGGAGCAUGAAAAGGAGAAUUGUACGCGUCGGGAAUGUAAUGGAAAAAUAUUGUUUUCAACGUAAAAAAAAUGAAUAUCUCCUUAAUAAGUUUAAAAAAUGGAAAAUUUUGAAAUUUAAUCACAAAGCGGAAAUUUUUCUGGUGAUUCUUGAGUUCUUUCAGAUCCUGUGUCACCACUGUACUACUAAAUUACCUUGAAAAAUACAAAACAUAAUUUCCCAUUUUGUACUAAUGCUGGGUUUGACUAGGUAUACAGAGAGAGAGAGAGAGAGUAAAUGAGAAGAAAAAAAAACCAAUAAAAAUGAUGUACACAGAUUGUAAGAAAAAAAGCAAUUUUCAGCAGCUAUUCUCAGAGGAACAAUAAUAAAAGUAAUAUGAACAAGCAAUGGGCGGCAGAGGCAUAGUCAUAGAUUUUAUAAUUAGGAAAUGUGUUGUGUACAAUAUGUUAUACUCUAACGAAAAGUAAGGGUGUAUAUGAAAAAAUUUUAAUUGUUUGUAUAAGUUGUGAUUUUAAAGACUAAAUAAAGACUUUAUUGUACAAUCUUGUGGACCACUCAAAUGGCUCCCGUUUCUUAAACUUUGUUUUUAACGAAAUCAUCUUCUCAUAGCAAAGCUUAAGGUACGCUCGUUUUAUAUACAGUCCGAUAUAAAAUACAUGAAAAAAAGUAUGUCUUCAGAAGAGAUUGCAAUCAUUUGAUAGGAAUCGGUGAAUUCAGGGCAUAUUGGCGAGGGUUUUCAGGGGCUGAUCGAGGUAUUUAGCCAAUGCCUGGGCUUUCUCCCUGAGGAGGCCGAAGCCAACGUUUUCCUUCGCGUAGAGGCACAGCAGGACGUUUGCUACUUUUGUUAUGACAACUUUCCCCUCC